AUGGCAGCAGGUUACACUAUUUUAGGGAAACAAAUUCCAUCUCAUGUUCUUUCAAUUUUAACUUUAGGUUCAGUUGCAACUAUUGCAGCAUGGCCAAGAGCUAAAGCUGAACCAGCACCAACUGCUGUUGUUCCAGCUGCCAAAGAAGAUGAUUUUGAUUUAGAAAAGUUUUUCAAUGACUUAACCAAAGAAGAAUCUAAAUAG